GGGCCGACCUGCAGGGCUCUCCCUCCAGAAGCUAGUCCUCCGCCGCCCCUCGCUUAGGACCCUGCGGACACCGCGUCCCGCGUCCACGCCCUCCCCUCAACCCUCUUCCACCCUUUAAAAGAAGGAACGUCCCAAACCCAGGUCCCAGGGCCAGAAGACCUGCCCCACGACAGCCGGUGGAGACACCCCUGACCGGAGAGACUGACAUCGCGACAGGACCCGCCCCUCUGCUUCCACCUCUCAGGGACCUCCUCUGCUCCGCCGCCCCGCGAAGUGCUGGGGGACCCAGCCGCCUGUCGCGCUCCUGCGGGGGGACCCUCGGCUAGGCAGCCAGCUGGCGCCCGCGUAGAUGGCGAGGAGCCCCCAAGGCCUUCUGCUGCUGCUGCUGCUGCACUACUUGAUGGUCGCCCUGGACUAUCAUAAGGCAAAUGGAUUUUCUGCAUCAAAAGAUCAUCGUCAAGAAGUUUCAGUAAUAGAGUACCAAGAGGCUAUUUUAGCUUGUAAAACCCCAAAGAAGACCUCUUCCUCCAGAUUAGAGUGGAAGAAGCUGGGACAGGGAGUCUCCUUGGUCUACUAUCAACAGGCUCUCCAAGGUGACUUUAAAGACCGUGCAGAGAUGAUAGAUUUCAAUAUACGAAUCAAGAAUGUCACAAGACAUGAUGCUGGAGAGUAUCGCUGCGAAGUCAGCGCCCCGACUGAACAAGGCCAGAACCUGCAGGAAGAUACAGUCAUGCUGGAAGUCCUGGUGGCCCCCGCUGUCCCUUCAUGUGAAAUACCUACUUCCGUUAUGAGUGGGAGUGUUGUGGAGCUACGGUGUCAAGAAAAAGAAGGAAAUCCAGCCCCUGAGUACAUAUGGUUUAAAGAUGGCACAAGUUUGCUGGGCAAUCCAAAGGGCGGUGCACACAGGAACAUCUCGUACACAAUGAACACAAAAUCUGGAACUCUGCAAUUCAACAUGAUCUCCAAGAUGGACAGUGGGGAGUAUCACUGUGAAGCCCGCAACUCUGUUGGGCAUCGCAGGUGUCCCGGGAAACGGAUGCAAGUAGAUGUUCUCAACAUAAGUGGCAUCAUAGCAGCUGUUGUUGUUGUGGCCUUCGUCAUUUCUGCGUGUGGCCUUAGUAUAUGCUAUGCUCAGAGAAAAGGCUACUUUUCAAAAGAAACUUCCUUCCAGAAGGGUAGUCCUGCAUCUAAAGCCACUACAAUGAGCGAAAAUGAUUUCAAGCACACAAAAUCCUUUAUAAUUUAAAAGAAUCCCACUUCUGAGAUGCACCAAAACCACAGUUGUCACACAAGUUAUUAAACUAUUGUAAACCUCUGCUUUGUCUUACAUUUGCAAAGAGACGGACGAAGAAACGAGAGUGGGAAUUCAUCAUAACUGUUAUGACCUCUAACUCACAAGAAAUAUUUUAAGCAAAGUGUUCUUGCCAUCACUAAAAUACAAUUUGGGAUCUUAUGUCUGACCUAAAGUGAAAUGUCUGAGGUUUUGAAACGCAAAUGAAUGUUAAUUUUGGAGUUGACUAGAUCAUACUGACUGUAAAGCUAACCCAAGAGGCAGGAAUAUACUGUAUGUGCUCUGGUGAGAAUGGCUUACAUGUUCAGGAAAUACUCUAACGAAUGGAAACCCUGUUCGCAAAAUUCCUACCAGAAUCCUCUUCUUACCUCUAAAUAAUCCGGGUUCCUUUGCCCUGUGUCUCUGUAUCCCGUAGGGGAAUCCCAGGGCUGGGCCUUCCGUCUAAGGGUUUGCACUUUAUAUUUUCUUUCACUUCUCAGAACCAAAAGCAACAUGAAGGGAGCUGCUGCCGCCAAUUCCUGAGACUCUUGGAGGGGCUCAGUGACCUGGACAUCAGAAUGCACUACUAGAACCUACACAGCUCCAGAUGCUUUCUGUGCUUAAGUGGUGACCUUUUAUCUGUCUCUAAAAGCAAUUCUGAACUGGGCUAGCUCCUCCCCGGUGAAGAUACAGGGUUCCCAGCCUGCAUAGGAUGGAGCAGGAGCACAGGGGAGAGAAACAUUUGCCCCAUGAGUAAGAGGUAGAUGACCAAGCUCACUUUGACUCUUGAUCCAGUCAAGGCACAGGAGAAACCAUGGCUGAAAUGAGACAGGGGUCUAGUGUCUUCUGAACUGGUUAUCCAGAGGCCACCAACCAGCUAGUGUCAGAAUAUUAGAUUUCCUGGGGCUCAAAAGAAAACUGGUCCUGCUGGGGGCUGGUUUACCCAUAUUUAAAAUAAAAAAUGCAACUGAGGAUGUCUAGUUCUGGGUAACUAUGCACGAAAGGUCACUUACUUCCUUUACCGGCUUUGAACAUGGUCACGUUGGCUUUCUACCCAAAAGGCAAAGCCAAGUCUCAGGAUUCUCAUCAAAAGCAAACGGGGUGAGUGGCCAGUGAGUACCUGGUAGUGAUCUGGUCACUGGGGUGAUGCCUACUGCCAUACUGCUCCCCUUUAACUUUGUGGCCUUGAAUCCUUCCUAAUCAGUAGACACCUUCCCAAAGGGCUGACUUCUGUAAAGUGGCUUGGCCCUCAAGGUCAGAUCCACACUUAACUGAGCCAGCAAGCUACAAAGAACACCACAGUACGUAAUUCAGCCCACAGGGUUCUUGUUACAACCACUCAUCUCUGUCACAACGUACAGUACAAGUGUGUCAGCGGUGUAGGAUUUGCCCACAGAUCCAAGCUCCUCUUUCCUGGUAGCAAAUGACAAAGAAACACCGUGGUGUACAAGACAUCAGGGUAAAUGUUGCCUGUGCCGUGACUAAGAGAUUUGCUUUGGUAGGAGGCUGUCCUGCAGUGCCAAGCAGACGUACAACUCUCAAGGAUGCCUCUUCAGGCCCACAUAGCAUCACAAGACCAACUGCGUCAAUUUAAAUGACACAAAUUCACAUUGCGAGAGGACAAUUACCUAGUGCCUUACCUUCACUAAUAGAAAAGCUUCCUUUUAAGACACUGAAGCCUAAAGGUUCAUUUUAAGCAGUGUAGACACCUAACAAAGUCUGUGCCAAACACCUAUUAUACAUUCUUAACUACUGUACACAGCUAAGCAGAAGUCGCUGUGUAGAGAGUGCUCUUCUGCAUAAAGGACCUGACUGUGCGCACUAAUCUAGUUAUUAAGUCUAUCGGGAGCCACUGCCAUGAAGACUUGUCCCUUUGCUGUUUUCUGAGACUUGAACUCUAACAUUGUGUCAAAAUUGAAUUGUAGUUUCUAGAACAUGUUGAUUUUAUUUUUCCACAGUGGAAGUUUGAUAAGGGUCUAGAAACUAUGAGAGCAAGUUUUAGUAUCGUCGCUGUUGUAACUAGAUUCAACUUAUUUUUAGUCAGGGUAGGGGUUAACAGCAAAGUCUGGAUGUUGAUUUUUCAAUACAACUUUACAAAGGACUUCCUUCAUUCUACAACUCACUUUGUUUGAUUAAAGUUCAUGCUACAAAAAUAGCUAUGCACAGCUCAAGGUUUUAGUCCCCUGCAACAGAGGGGGAAGUCACUCACCUAUUGUUCAGUGAAACCCAGGAAACUCCUCCCUCCCUCACACCUGCACUUGUGAGGCAGCUCCAGCAGUUUCAAGUCAAGGUCUCUCUGGUCUCUCCGCUUGGACACCUGCCAACUCGUGUUGUGUGUGUCAGAGGUUGAGGGUAAGGGAGUGCAGGCCACUGUGAAGAGGAGCCUGUCGUUCGACAGUGGGUGACGGCUCGGCUCGGGCUUGCAGGGCAGUUAUGGAGGAGCUGGGCUCUUUAUGAAUACAGCCACCUGAUCCACAGCUCACACAUUUUCUUCAUUUUAAAUUUUCUAGUUCUCCACAUUCUCUUCAUCCUCAGUAACCCUGGCUCACCCACCCCACCUACCCCGGUCCCCAACUUAUCUUUGUCAAACUCUAGUAUUUAAAAACAAAAGGAUACAACAAUUUUAUACACAACCAAUCCAGAACCUGUUCUCUUUUGUUGCCUUAUUAUUCACCAAACUGAACUGUUUGUUUUUACAAUUUAGUCUGCCCUUUCCGAUACAUUUGUAUUACAUUCCUUAGAUCAUUAGUCCUCACCACAAGCUAUGGAAAUCCUAUUUACUCCUGACAAGUCAAAUUCAGCUCUCGUGGGACAGCGUUCUCCCAUUUCCCAGCAGUGAGUUUUGUCUCUCAAGUCCAAUGGUAUUUGGUUCUUUUGUGAUAUUUAUUGAUUUCUGUGUUACAGUACAGGGAGGUAUGUAUGUGUGACAUCUCCACCAACCUGAAACCUGAAAAAGACCCAUGUUGUACAGGUCUUCAUAAACCCUAAGGUGUUUAAUGGCAUCUGACAUGAAAAAAGUUUCUAAAAACGCUGAAUACCUGUGAAGCAUAAAGAAUGAUUAAAUGUAAGCAUCUACUUAGAAUAUUAAUAAAACAUUGUAUUCUGAUACAACCCA